GACUUGCGCCUCGCGACACAAAUCCUCUACGCACCUUCCGUGUCAAACGUCACUUUUUAGACUCUUUCCCUAUCACUCCUGCUUAAAACCUUGCGACUCUUGCCUGGUGCAAAGUUGCCAACAAUUUUUUAACAAAAGAAAGGAAUUGCUCCAAGUUCCUUCUCGCCCCACUUCUGCACCGCUUGCCUCUGUCUUUGCCUCCGCUAUCAUUCCUCUAAAUCUGCCCCGCGAUCUUUCAUCCGCGAAACCCUUCAUCUUGCACAUCGCUCGACGAGAAAACACACAACACGAUGGCUGCCGUCGCAACAGAAGCCCCCAAGAUGGACGAGCAGGUCGACCUCACCACCAUCCCCGUCGACCCCGCUGGCAAGGAAGACUCUUCUGACGUCAAGGAUGACAAGCCCGUUACUGUCUUCCAUGACAAGGACAACUUCAACGUCAAGCACCCUCUCCAGAACAAGUGGACUCUUUGGUUCACCAAGCCCCCGAGCGGAAAGGGCGACAACUGGAACGAUCUCCUCAAGGAGGUUAUCACGUUCGACUCUGUUGAAGAGUUUUGGGGCGUCUAUAACAACGUCGCACCCGUUUCCGAACUCUCCCUCAAGUCCGACUACCACCUUUUUAAGGAAGGUGUCCGCCCUGAGUGGGAGGAUCCCCAGAACAAGCACGGUGGCAAGUGGUCUUACCAGUAUAAGGACAAGCGCAACAUCGAUAUCGAUCGUCUGUGGCUCCAGGUUAUGAUGGGCGCUAUCGGCGAGACUCUUGAGAACGAAGAUGAUGGCGAAGUUAUGGGAGUUGUUGUCAACGUCCGUAAGGCAUUCUUCCGUAUCGGCGUCUGGACUCGCACCAUAGGAAAGAGCAUUCCGGGCCGAGGUGAAGGUGAUGUUGCCGGCGGUAAGGGCCGUAGCGGAGAGAAGGGUAAGGAGAUUCUCCUGUCUAUCGGACGCCGCUUCAAGGAGGUCCUCGAGCUGCCCGCUUCCGAGCAAGUUGAGUUCUCCGGUCACACCGACAGUGCUCACUCUGGCAGCACGAGAGCCAAGGCCAAGCACGUCGUUUAAGAGCGUGCAGCCGAUUUACGCGAGGGCACGACGUUGAUUUAGCACGAUAUCCGAUAAUGACCAUUUCACGUUUCUGAACUUGACGCCGCUCACUCGGCGAUUCGCAAAAGGUCGACGACUGGUUGAUGAUGAAGCGGCAGGGCAAGGUAGCUACCGGCUUGGACCAUGUCAUGGGUAUUUCCGGAAUGGCCACAGCGUAUCCUUGAUUUCAUUUGGUUCAAUAUUUUACCGGCGUUGCUCAGGAGGGGCUGUUUCCCUGGUGGCAUCACAAAGUAUGAAGCCAGCUACCAGAGGAGGGAGAAAAAUAGAUUUGUACUCUUUAUCAGCGAAACCUGGUAGCUUCACACAAAUUUCUGAUAGCUUAAAACCCAAUGCUAUUAAUAUGCCAAA